UGCACGUCAUAAAGACUUGAAUUGAGUAUAAAGCGUGAACUCUAACCAUUGCAGAGCUUUGCGAUUAGCAUCGAAGUCAACCGCUGACGGAUUUGUGCGUUUGUUUACAAAAACAGUGUCGCGAGCUUUGCUGGCACAGGGACGCGUUUCAAAUCGCUCAGCGCGUUCUUGUAUGUGUACUACGUAGGGAGGCACGUAACAGCUUGUAGGUUAUUAGUAGUGCACUACGUAGUAAACACGGCUUUGUUUGAGAUCGAGCCGAGGCCAGUCAAUAAAAGCGACGGUCGCAGGCAGGUGCGGAUUUAACCGCAGUGCUUUGCGAUUUUUCUUGUGGUUUAACCACAAAAAUAUUUCAUAAAAUAUUCAAAGGGUAUUUUUUGAUUUAGUUUCAACUGUUUAGCUAGCCCGAGAGCUAAGCGAGGUGGUUGUGUCUGUCAGCUGUAAACGGCUUUUCUGGAUCUUUCUGGAACUAGAGCUGAGGCGGUUCGAUACUGGUUUAAACCGGUUUGUCGGUUGAUGAAUUAAUGAAUGUCGGUAUGUGUGAUGGUCUCAGGGAAGGAGCCUGGUGGGGAGGCUGGCUGCAGCAGAGCAUCCAGUCCCUCAAAGACAGAUCAUCCGAGGCGUACGAGUUCAUCAAACGGGAUUUAACAGAAUUCUCCACCGUGGUGCAGCAUGACACCGCCUGCUCCAUUGUCGCCACGGCCAACGCUGUCAAGAGCAAGCUGGCCGUGGAAGGGUCGUCCGAGACGACAGAGAAGGUAAAGAAGAGCCUUUCGAAUAUUCUGGGCGUGAUCACGGACACGCUCGCUCCUCCGCCUGAUAAGACCAUUGAUUGCGAUGUUAUCACUCUGGUGGCCACGCCAGCCGGGACCACCGAGGUGUACGACAGCACCAAGGCUCGUCUGUACACUCUCCAAGCCGACCCUGCAACCUACUGCAAUGAACCGGACGGUCCUCUGGAGCAGUUUGACACCUGGCUCUCCACGUUCAGCCUAGAGGAGAGAAAAGCUGAAAUCUCCGAGCUGUUGGUUAGCAGCCCCUCUAUCCGAGCGCUUUACACUAAAAUGGUUCCUGCAGCCGUGGCUCACUCCGAGUUCUGGCAGCGCUACUUUUACAAAGUGUUUCAGUUGGAUCAGGAGGAGGCCAGGAGAGUAGCGCUGAAGCGGCGAGCAGAGGAAACCACUCAGUCCCAGAGUCUGGGCUGGGAGGAGGAAGAGGAAGAUGAGUUCAUCGGAGCUUCGUCUCCGUCUCGUUUGGACUUCACUCCUCCUCCUCUCGUUACCGUAGACACCAGCCCUUCAUGCGCCACGUCCCCCGAGGUGACAGGUUCCCACGGCGACGCCACGUCCGAUGUCACUCCGUCAGUCAGCAGCGACAGCGUGAGUCUCCCAACGCAGCUAGAGAACUUCCCAGGGAGCUGCGCUGACGCACCGGCCGGGGUCGAGAAGCAGGAAAGGACUGGGGCCACGGAGAAGGCGAAGGAGGAGAGGGCGAGAACGGAGGAGACAAGAAAAGAAGGCGCAAAAGAGGAAGUGGUGCAAGACCUGCGAGUGUUCGAGCUCAACUCAGACAGCGGCAAGUCGACGCCCUCCACCAAUGGCAAAAAAGGAUCGAGUACAGACGUGAGCGAGGACUGGGAAAAAGACUUUGACCUGGACAUGACGGAGGAAGAGGUGCAGAUGGCGCUGUCUAAAACCGACGCCACAGCUGAGUUUGACGACGAGGACUGGGAGAACUGGAACUGAAGAGCCGGAGAGCAUGACGAUGACGACGAUGACGCAAACGAACCCGUGCUUUAACGUCUCAACUCUUAGUCCACGCCCACACCUUCGCAUUCAGCCAAUGGGAGCAAGAUGUCGGCCUGGUGUUCGACCGGCUCGAUGACUUCCAGCCAGUGUAAUUAAGUUCAGAGCUGAAUUCAUUCAAUAUUUCCAUGAGCCACCAGGGGAAAUUUGACUUUAGGGCAGAUGUGGAAGCCGAACAGGACACUGUCUGGGGUUAAAGGGGACAGACGUGUCUAAAAAAAAAUAAUAAUAAUAAAUGAAUAAAAGUUUGAAACAUUAAAUAAAUCAUCCCUUUGUAAAUCAGUCAUUGAGGUAUUGAUAGUAUGGAUGAUAAGCUUACAGUAUGUUUUACUUUUCCAAUAUGAAUGGGGAAACGAGUAAUAUAUCAACCUUUGGGGCUUUAUAAGCAGCCGUACUUGUAUCAUGCUUCUUAUUCUAUUAUUUAGGGGAUUAGAAAUGAAUCCUGAUGUGUAAUUUAUGUUUCAUGUUUAAUGGUUAUUUUUUUCUGCGUAUUGUAUUAUAAUUUUUUUCUUUAUCUAUGAAGUACUAACUUCAUCUAAUCUUAUGCAAGUGACUGAUUUAGCAUUCAGCCUUUUCAUAGACGACUGUUGCACUUUCGUUUCGUGAACUCCGUACGCUACAUGAAUCUGUUUAAUGUUGUGUGUGUGUGUGUGUGUGUGUGUG